AUGGCAAUAAGAACGUUUAAGGUCGGCCUUCCUACUAAGCAUGAAUUGAGGAAGUCCUUGACAAAGAAACCAAUGCAAAGCAUGCGUCAGCUCAUGGAUUGGAUUGAUAAACAUAAACGGGCUAAGGAUGAUCAACAGCGGGGGAAGGGGAAGGCAAAAGUGGCUCCCCCUGAACGAAGAGACUUUAGGUAUGAGAGGUAUAAUAACAACCGACCUCGGAGAGAUUUUAUUGGACAUACUAAGCUUCCUACUGCCCAGGUGGUCAGUACAGUAUUCAAGGAGCCUAUGCAUCAGAUUCUUGCGAAGAUAAAGGUUAAACCAUACUCCAAGUGGCCAAAUAAAAUGGGGGUUGUCCCCGCGAGGUGUAAUCAGGGUCUUUAUUGCCAAUAUCAUCAAGACUGUGGGCACAUUAUAGAAAAAUGCAGAACUUUGUGUGACUAUUUGGAGCAGUUGGUCAAGAUCGAGAAGUUGAGACAAUUUUUGCACCAGCCUUCUAGACAGGGGAGCCAGACUAGCUCAACGUAUCAGAGGGAAUCUUCCUCGAGACUGUCCCUGGGAACAAUCAGUGUUAUCUUGGAAGCCUUAGGUAGGAUUGGAGCAUGUCCAUCUAGGGUAAUGUCUAUAGCACGACCAUGUACCAAGGACUCAAUUCUUGAGUUUAAACGAGGGAGAAUCAAAGUCCGACUAGCCUUAAGUUUUUCUAAUGAUGAUAAGGUGGGAACAGUUCAGCCACAUGAUGACGCCUUAGUGGUUACCCUUCAAAUAGGAGGGUAUGAUGUAAAGAGGGUCUUGGUAGAUCAGGGUAGUAGUGCAAAGAUCAUGCAUCCCGACCUAUACAAGGGACUUAAUUUGAAGCCCAAGGAUCUAGUUAGCUACGACUCCCCUCUAGUGGGGUUCGAUGGGAAGACUGUUAUCCUAAAGGGCUUGAUCAGGUUGCCUAUUCAAGCAAGGUCAGAGGUGGUUGAAGUAAAUUUCAUUGUGAUGGAUGCUUAUUCACCCUAUACUGCUAUUUUGGCAAGACCAUGGCUUCAUGCUAUAAGGGUUGUCUCUUCAACUUUGCAUCUGAUGGUGAAAUAUCCCUCUGGGGACCAGGUUGGAGAGUUGAUUGGAAGUCAGGCUAUGGCAAGACAAUGCCAAUUCGCAGUUAUUAAACACCAAUCAAAGGGUGAAUCCUUGGCCACCCUAGAAAGGGCCAUAUAG